AUGGCGUUCCAUACAAACUCCAUCAAUAUCAACCUGAGAAAUCGACACACUCUCAGCUGUCACUGUCAGCGACCGAACGGAUCAUGGAGCUACUCCCAGCUUGACCUGAACCGUUGUCUGGGUAAUAAUAACGGCGACUUGAUCUGGGGAGGAGAUAGCUUUGCACAUAGCGCGACGGAGAUUCGUAUUUCUCUUGAGGGGCCCGACAAAGCUCCGUGGCUGCAUGCCGAGCUGAACGAUCAUGAUGGAACUCAUCAGUGUGCCUCA